UUUCAUGUUUAUUUCGGCUGUCAGAGUUUGUUUAACCACCAUCAUAAAAGUCCAACUUUUGAAACGGUCCCUGGUCAUCAAAAUUUUUCGUGGACAUAUCAAAUUUCAAAUUUUAUUUUACGGGACUAUUCACUAUCAGUCCCAAUUAGUUUAUUACACAUUUGUAACUAAAUUCUAAAUUUAAGUGUUUUCAUUAACCAUCAUCACUUUAUUGUGUUUUUUUCGAUUUUUCGAAAAAACAAAUAAAGUGCUAGAAAAUCAAUGGAAUUACCACAUUCAGAACAACACCUCCAACUCAUCUCUGAAACCAUGUGAUUUCUUUAAUUGUACGCAAAAAAUCAAAAUUCUAGUAAAAAAUUCUAAAAAUGAAUCAAGCUCAAAAAGUGUUGCGAGUGGCACGUGCAUUAUAUCUGUCGAGCGCAUGCGCCCAUCGUGGAACUUGUCAUAUUGCAUCACCCAAACCAAAAUGGCUGACGUCUUCACUGGGGGCAAGCAGGCGACAUCACCAUCAACACCAUGUUGGUGUGGUGAGUAUUGCCCACCGGGAUAUGAUCCGCCAUAGUGUAUCUAAGCUUCGUGGAAUACGUGGUGGUCUUCCGAUGAGUGUUAACCACUUUACCAAUAAGCAUCUGUGUCUACAACUGAGGGCGAUGGGGUUGUUUAAGACUCAGAGGCAUGAACAUUCAACGAAAGCUAAACCUUCUAAGUCUUCAACGAGUCUGAAUAAGGCUUUAACAAAUUUGGUUAUUGGUAAGGAUAAUACCAAGUCUUUGCUUUGUAUGAAAAGUGGAUGUAGAAUCAAAACUGAUGGGAGUCAGAGGAUGAUGAGUUCAAAACGUAGACGCAGAAAAUCUAAGUCUAAGUCUAGAUCCAGAUCUAAGUCUAAAGGUGGGUCUUGUACUUAUAUUAUGAAACCUAAGGAUAAGAAGGCUAAGAAAGAUAAUAAGAAGAUUUCUAUUGAAGAAUGUUGUUCUUAUUGUGAUGAAAGAGUUAGAAAGGCUUUGGAUCAAUUGGCGGCCAUUGUUCAGUGUAAAGCUAGGGAAAUAGCUGAAGGUACUGAGAAAAAACAUAAGAAAUCUAAGAAAUCGAAGAAAUGUAGGUCUAGGUCUAGGUCUAGGAAAUCUAAGUCUAGGUCUAAGUCUAAAAAAUCUAAGUCUAGAUGCAGGUCUAAGUCUAAGUCUAAAUCUAAGUCUAGAUCUAAGUCUAAGUCAAAGUGUAAGGUGAAAAAGAAGAAAUCUAAGUCUAAAGCAAAGAAAUCUAAGUCUGCGCCAUGUGUAACUAAGUCCAAAGUUGGUAAGACUAUUCCUGGAUCUUUGGAGAAGAAGAAAUGUAAGUCGGAUUCUUCAGUGGGUAAGAAGAAGUCUGUCAUGAAAUGUCAGAAGCUGGAUGAGACUCUAUCGGUUUUGAAGAAGAAACGCAGUGAGUGUAAGAAAAAAGGUAAGAAGGAUAAGAAGAAAAAGAAGAAAGGAGCCCCUAAGUUUGUGUGCAAGAAAAACUACACUAAGGAUUUAUGUAAGAAGCGACCUCCUAAGAAGAAGAAGUCUGGGAAGAGUUUGUGUAAGAAGAAAUCGAGCAAGAAGAAGUCAUCGAAAGAUAUUUGUAAGAAGAAAUCAAGUAAAAAGUUGAAGAAGAAGAAGAAGUCUUCUAAAGACCUCUGUAAAAAGAAAUCAAGUAAAAGUUUGAAGAAGAAGAAGUCUUCAAAGGACAUAUGCAAGAAGAAAUCUAGUAAGAAAAUGAAGAAGAAGUCUUCAAAGGAUAUUUGCAAGAAAAAAUCAAGUAAAAGCUUGAAGAAGAAGAAAUCUUCUAAGAAUAUAUGUAAGAAGAAGUCUAGUAAAAGCUUGAAGAAGAAAAAGUCUUCAAAGAAUAUUUGCAAAAAGAAAUCUAGUAAAAAUUUGAAGAAAAAGUCUUCUAAAAACCUUUGCAAGAAGAAAUCCAGUAUGAAGACUAAGAAGAAGUCUUUAGAAGAACUUUGCAAAGAGUUGAAAAAACAGACUUCUGAAAAUCCUUGCAAAAAGAAGUCUAGUAAAAAAUUGAAGAAGAAGUCUUCUAAGGAUAUUUGCAAAAAGAAGUCAAGUAAGAGCUUAAAGAAGAAGAAGUCUUCUAAAGAUAUUUGCAAGAAAAAAUCUAGUAAAGACUUGAAGAAGAAAAAAUCUUCAAAGAGUAUUUGCAAAAAGAAGUCAAGCAAAAAUCUGAAAAAGAAGAAAUCUUCAAAAUAUAUUUGCAAAAAGAAGUCAAGCAAAAAUCUGAAAAAGAAGAAAUCUUCCAAAGAUAUUUGCAAGAAGAAAUCUAGCAAAAAUUUGAAGAAGAAAAAGUCUUCCAAGGAUAUUUGCAAGAAAAAAUCUAGCAAAAAUCUGAAAAAGAAGAAGUCUUCAAAAUCUAUUUGCAAAAAGAAGUCGAGCAAAAAUCUGAAAAAGAAGAAAUCCUCUAAAGAUAUCUGCAAGAAAAAGUCUAGCAAAAAUUUGAAGAAGAAGAAAUCUUCCAAAGAUAUUUGUAAAAAAAAAUCUAGCAAAAAUCUAGCAAAGAAAAAAUCUUCGAAAAAUGUUUGCAAGACGAAAUCUAGCAAAAGUCUGAAAAAGAAGAAGUCUUCUAAAGAUAUUUGUAAGAAAACAUCUAGCAAAAACCUUAAAAAGAAGAAGUCUUUAAAAUCCAUUUGCAAGAAGAAGUCAAGCAAAAAUCUAAAAAAGAAGAAAUCUUCAAAAUCUAUUUGCAAAAAGAAAUCUUCUAAAAAUAUUGGAAAGAAAAAGAAGAAAUCAAAGUGGUCAUUAUGCAAAACUUCUUCCAAGAAAGAUUCUAAAAAGAAGAAAUCAAAGAAAAGUAUCUGUAAGAAAGAUUCUAAAAAGUUAAAAAAGAAGAAAUCCAAGAAAUCCAAGUCCAAAGUAAAAUGCAGCAAAAGCAGUCAAUCAGUAAGCCAAAACGAAUACUGUGUUUUAAAAGCAUCAAAAUCAGCCACCAGUGCUGGUAAAGGUGGUACAAAAUUACCCUGUAAUGCCAAACUGAAGAAAUGUCCAUCCGGUGGAAAAGUAAAAGCCGCAUGUGAAGCCCAACACAAAAAAGACAUGAAAGCCAAACCCUCCAAAGACCCCCAAGAAUUCUGCAAAAAACAUGGCGUAAAAGACAAGAAAGGGAAAGGUAAGAAGAAGAAGAAGAAGAAGGAAAAGAAGAAGAAUGAUGGUAUGGUAUGCGCAACACCAAAGAAGAAGAAAGCCAAGGCCACUUUCAAAACAAAAUGCAAAGACAAGAAGAAGAAGAAAAAGAAGAACAAGAAGAAACUGAAGAAAUGUAAAUCCUCUAAAAGUACAAAGUCUACCAAAGUUAAGUGUCUGGAUGGUACCCGACAAGGUUUAAUGGUUGAGUGUCCUGGUAUGGACAGCACCGGAAAGGCUUUCAUGGGUACCAAACCACAAAGGGUUAGUGGUGACUUCACCAGCCCUCAUCAAACAACACCAUUAUCUCAGAUUGAACUUUCGAAGAAACCCAGCGAGAUGGAGACCUUUAUCAUCUUGAACCAUAAAAAACUAUCUGGGACCAAUAUCAAAUCUGAUAGGGUGUCCAAAUCUAGUUUUGCAAAGAACUUGGACCUGGAAUCUGAUAAACCCUCUUCAACCAAGUCCAAGAUCCCAAAAUAUGUUCCUCAGACCAUGUCUAUCACCUCUGAAGAUGGAAGAUCCACAGUAACCUAUCAAAAAAGAGACUCCACUUAUACUGAUUCUUUGGACCAUGGUAAUGAAGUGUUGAUAACCUCAGAUGGUACAAAUCACAAGACUAGAUUAUCAGUCCCACCUGAUGCAGAGAAGAUUGUCUUGGAAAUUGAUCUGAAGAAUAUGAAUGAAGGACCCAUCAUCACCAAAAUCACAGCUACACCAAAUAACAAAGUGGAGGUUGAACAGAAGCAAGUCCUUGAUGCAGAAACUGAACAAAUCAGAAAAUCUGCCAUGACUAAUGUGUCCUUGAAACGACCUCCACGAGCUGUGAGUGAAGUGAAGCUCUAUACCCUCCAGUCUACAUACCGCAGACAGGUGGUAGGUUCAGAUAUGCAAAGGGAGUUGAUGAGGUAUGUCAAGACUAUCAAAGGACAGAAACCCAAUACCCUAGUGUUUCAAGCUAAACCUGUCGGUGAGAACCCCAAAAAGAAGAAGGGUCAGAAUGUAGAGGAUGUUGGUAACAAUGUAGACUUUAAACCCAAAAAGAGAGAUUUACAUUGUCAUGGUAAAAGGACAAGGGUUGGACCUGCCAUGGUUGAUCCCCCAGUGAAACCCUAUUUGAAGGAAGUCAGUGAACCUGCAGUGGAUACCUAUUCUUGUAAGGAACCUACUUUAACCAAGGUGGAUAUGGUCGACCCUAAUAACCAAGUGGCUAUCAGUGAUCCUUUGACUAAUUGGUAUGAUCCCAUUUUGUGUAGGGACUUGAGGAAUAAGACGUUUCAAGAUAUCUUCCCACCUGGUAAAGAUCAAGAUGGAGAUGGAGUAUUCUAUGCGGAUAGAUGUUUUGGGGGACAGGAAGCACCUACUUUUGGGGUUUGUGACUGUUAUCAACCUAUGGAUAAACCUACGUUUGGGGCUUGUAAAGGACCUCAAAGUGUUGAUGAUUAUGUUCAUUCCAAGGAAAGGGAUACCUUCUAUUCCCAUCUUUUUGGAGAACCCUUACCAAUUGAUGAGUGCUCCCUGAAAGAGUUUGAUUAUUCGAUACCAACUGAAUAUGAUCUUAUGAUGGCCCGUAAAAGGGAGCACAUGAUGCAGAUGUCUAGGAGGUUAGCUGAGGAAGAAGAAACAAGAAAGGCUUGUGAAAAGAAAAUGAAGGACCGGUGCCGAACCCCUAUGGGAAAAGUGGAUUAUUCUACGAUUGACUUUGGUGAGUUGGUCCAAUGUAGCAGAAACAAAGAAGAAUCCCGUCGGAUGCAAUUGGAAUGCUUUAAAGCAAUAGCCGCCCAUUGGAACCACCUCAAUACCUUAAGAAAACGUCGCCAGAGGAAACGCCUGCAGAAACCUACAACCUAUACAACUCUACCCAAAAGAGUAGCUACUUUCAUGGAUCCUAAUCAAAGUACCACUUUAAGCCCACCUGGAAGGGAGUUAACUCCUGAUUAUGUAGACACUUCAUCGGCAAUUGCAACUGGUCAUAAAGAACGACAACAAUGGAGGGCUAAGAAUUUAAUGACCAUGUCACUGGUCAAGGCUCAGAAGAACCCUCAGAUUAAGGUGUACCGCGAUGAGACCAAUAGACGCCUUUGUAAUGACUUUGAAAAGUGUCUGCAUAAGUUCAAAAUGGUAGAUGCGGGUCACCCGGGACCUUUUAGUUGUAAUCCCAAAAGGGUCUGUACCUGUCAAGAUGAUGACAAGUCCAAAGAAGAUAAAAACAAAGAGGGUAAAAAGGGUAGCAAGAAGAACUUUAUAGGUGCUAGUGUGGUACCUGUGAUCAUGUGUAACUACUUUGGGAAUGAGACCCUUUCCAGACACAGAAUAAUAUUUGAUGCGGAUCAUGACAGUGGAUUACCAUCAGCUGUCCUUUCUUCAAUCAAUGACCAACAGGAGAAUUACAAUUACAUAGAAGUUGAUGGUAAUUAUUGGGGAGGAUUAAUAUUCAAAAUGGCGGAUAUGAUUAUGCCCCCUGUGAAUUACAUGAUAUCUAAGAUGGUACCCAAUGUGGUAGGACCUCACCUUGAGAGUAAUACCCUUAAGGUCAAAGAUGGUAAACCCAAAGAUCAACAAAUACCCAAUGAAGAACAAGAUACAAAUAAAAAUCAACCUGAAGAAAAGUCCUCACCUGAAACUAUCAAAAAUGAAGAAAUGAAGAAACCUUCCCGGGAGAGUCUGGUAAACAUGGUUGCAGGUUACCUCGCGCGGAUAUUCCCAACUACAUCAACCCCAGAUCAAGAAAAGAAGCAGGAAACAGGAACCACGACCAGGGAACCUGAAGAAAACUCAUCACAAACACCAGUAAUACCUGAAAACAAACCUGAAGAUGCGGAUAUAAUAGCACGUCGCCUACGAAAUGUCCUCGAACACAAGCAACAAGAAUACAACAAACUUCUUGCAUCCAAAAAUGAAGAUACACAGCUUUCUAUUCAUCGCGUGAAGAAACAAUUGGGAGAAACCAAGGAUUUAUUAGAUGAUAUAACUGCUACUGUUCAGAAACUCAAAGAGAAAAUCAAGGUUAUAACAGAUAUGACCAAUGCAAAACAACGAGGGUUAAAGGAAGCUUUAUCUUCACAUUUGGAUGAAUUGAUGAAGAGUCAAAAUGCCUUGGAAGCUCACUAUGAUGACAUCAACAGAAGGUUGCACAAUGUCCAUAAGAGGUUAGCUCUUACUCGAGGUGAGGCCUGGAAGGAUCUACAGGAUGUUACCAAAAGAAGUGAAAAUUUAGCGAGAAUCCGCCGGGAAAGAAAUGAAGAUGGAAAAGCAAAAACCAAAGCAAAUAUGGAAGUGGAAUGGAUUAAAGCUAUCACAGAAUUGAGGGAGACUGUAGCUAAAUUAUACCUGAACAUGGAUGUGAGUGACCUUCAGAUUAAACAACAGGUCAGUGAAAUUAGACGUCUGGUACAUGAAAAGGUAACCAAUAAACGAGUGCAAGAAAGUUUGAAAUUAUUAGAGUUGACUAUUGCUAAGGAGUCCCAACAGGAUCAAACUAAAGAAUUAAGGGCCAAGGCUCAGGAAUUGAAGAACCAAUUGAAGUAUUUGAAGGAGUUGGCUUCCAAGGCCUCAGGGGCAGAUUUGAGUAAGGAAAGAGAGCAGACUUUGAAGGAGUUGAAGGCGGCUGCUGAAGCUAAGAAAGAAGAAAUCAAAGAGUUGAUUAAGAAUUUUAAGGAUCAAGGAGAUGAUGAGGGUUCUCAGGGAACGGGAAAGGGCAAGGGCAACAAGUGACCGUCUAAUGUCCAUUUUCGAUCUUUUAAUACAACGUAAUAAACUAAUGAUAAAAUAA